GAAAAUUAUGAAUUUUGGAAUAUCAAAAUGCGAACUUUUUUCAUUUCACAAGAUCUCUGGGAUCUAGUUGAGCAUGGUUAUGCAGAAAUAGAAAGUUCAAAAGGUGCAGAUAAGACAGCAGAUCAAAAGGAGCUUCACAAAAAGGAUGCCAAGGCAUUGCUUGUGUUGCAGCAGGCAGUGCAGGACAACAUUUUUCCUCGAAUUGCAAAUGCCACCAAAUCAAAUGAAGCUUGGACUAUUUUAAAGCAAGAAUACCAAGGAAAUGAUCGUGUUCGAACAGUGAGGCUACAAACUCUCCAAAAGGAAUUUGAAAAUCUCUACAUGAAAAAUGCCGAAGGUAUGCAAGAAUACUUUUCUCGAAUUGCUAUUAUUAUUAAUCAGAUGAGAAGUCUUGGUGAUGAUAUUUCUGAGAAGAAGGUUGUUGAAAAAGUUUUGAGAAGUCUUCCUCCUAAAUUUGAUCAUAUUGUCGCUGCUAUAGAGGAAUCAAAAGAUUUGUCAAAUUAUUCAUUUAAUGAAUUAAUGGGUUCUCUUUUAGCUCAUGAACAACGACUAAACAGAUCUAUCGAGAAAAGUGCAGAAAGUGCAUUUGAAUCAAGGGUUGAAAAUUCGAAGUCAAAAGGUGACCAAAAGUAUGCAGGAAGAGGCCGUGGAAGAGGUGGUUUUCGCGGUCGUGGAAGAGGCCGAAGCUAUGGUAGAGAAAGAUCUGACACAAAUUACCGACAAGAUGAUAAUGAGAAAAGCAACCAAAGCCAAGGUUAUAAGAGUAAGCAAUGCCAUUUCUGCAAGAAAUAUGGUCAAAUAGAAUGGAUGUAG